UCUGCGACUGUCUGUCGCCAAACCCGCCCAAGUUCGAAAAAAAAUAUAAACAUGUCGGGGAGAAGAGCACUUUGCAAAGAUUCAAACGUGACAUAUGAAGUCACCGUCAACGAUGGAGUUUAUUCUGACUCAACCAUCAUUAAGGACAACUCUAAACAAGGGAAGUUCGUAGAAGACGACGAUAGCGACCCACCGGUCGUCUUUUUCUGCGGGAGUUGCAAGUUGCCUGUCGGUGACUCGUUGUCUUGGGCUGGGAGUGAGGACGAAAAAAAUCAAAUACUCCUGAAACGUGUCAGUGACAAUGUUUUGGUUGGCAAAGAAACUCACUUCUCCGGUACCUGUAAGAAGGAUCUAGGCUGCCUGAAAGUCCACCUGACCUGCCGUGGCUGCAGCUCUCUGCUUGGCAUGGUCUACAUCUCUACACCCAGGAAACUGGACCACAUCAGGUCUCUGUUCUGCCUCAAUGUGACUGCCAUAGAGAGCUAUGUCCUGGGGUCUUCCAGUCAGCAGAUGGCAGCAGUGAGCCCCAAGCAGCAGCCGGUCACUCUGGAGUACAGACAGGCUGUAGAGCGACAGCUGGAUGAGAUUAAGGCGGUGACUCUGUCUAUGGGGCAGAGGUUGUUGGUGCUGGAGGGUGACCAGCAGAGUAAAAGUCAGAUGUGAUGAUGCAUCUUGACAGUGAUGGACCACACUACGUCAUGGGGGGGGGGGGGUCUCUCGUACGUACACACAGUACUAAGUAACUCAACCCUCCCUCCCCAUGUCUAUCUAAAUCCCACUUUGCCCUCUACCCCCCCUUUGUUAGUUCUGAUGGGGAACAAACAGCCACAACCUGUUUGUUCCACAAGGUUUAAACACCUCUAUCACAAUAAAUGGCGCCCUAUUCCUUAUAUAGUGCACUACUUUAGACCAGAGCCCUAUGGAACCCUAUUCCCUAUAUAGUGCACUACUUUAGACCAGAGCCCUAUUGGGUUAAUUAUUGAAAUAGGGUGCCAUUUGUGAUGAAGCUAUUGUUCCCUCCAAGCGGUUUGUGGUUUAUGUCAAGUUGAGACUGUUCUGUGUGUUAGAACUCAUAGUUUGGAUACUGUUAACUGUUUUCUGUGUUAGAACUCAUAGUUUGGAUACUGUUAAGUGUUCUCAUAGAUCAUGUGACUCUAAACAAAGCAUUCAUGAAUAGAAACAUGUCCUGUUGUCUUAAAGAUAUGCUUCCAUUCUCUUUGUCUAUGAUGGGAAUUGUAUUCAACAUGGCGGUUUCCAGGACACAGAUUUAAUCUGGAAUUAAAAGCAUUUUCUGUUUCUGUUAAGUCCUUGACUGAGUUUAGUCUGCCCCAAAAUGUUGAACCUAAUUCCAUCAUAAAUAGCUGGCUAACUGCUUGAUCCUGCUUUGUAGUUUCCCCUACUGGACUUUUUAUUUAUUUUUUUUUUUUUUUACCUUUAUUUAACUAGGCAAGUCAGUUAAGAACAAAUUCUUAUUUUCAAUGACGGCCUAGGAACAGUGGGUUAACUGCCUGUUCAGGGGCAGAACGACAGAUUUGUACCUUGUCAGCUCGGGGGUUUGAACUUGCAACCUUCCGGUUACUAGUCCAACGCUCUAACCACUAGGCUACCCUGCCACCCCAGGCUUGUGUCUGGGGGAAACCAGGCCUUUAUAUCCCCUACUGGACUAGGCUUGUGUCUGGGGGGAACCAGGCCUUUAUAUACCCUACUGGACUAGGCUUGUGUCUGGGGGGAACCAGGCCUUUAUAUACCCUACUGGACUAGGCUUGUGUCUGGGGGGAACCAGGCCUUUAUAUCCCCUACUGGACUAGGCUUGUCUGGGGGGAACCAGGCCUUUAUAUACCCUACUGGACUAGGCUUGUGUCUGGGGGGAACCAGGCCUUUAUAUUCCCUACUGGACUAGGCUUGUGUCUGGGGGAAACCAGGCCUUUAUAUCCCCUACUGGACCAGGCUUGUGUCUGGGGGAUGGACUAGGCUUGUGUCUGGGGGGAACCAGGCCUUUAUAUACCCUACUGGACUAGGCUUGUGUCUGGGGGGAACCAGGCCUUUAUAUCCCCUACUGGACUAGGCUUGUCUGGGGGGAACCAGGCCUUUAUAUACCCUACUGGACUAGGCUUGUGUCUGGGGGGAACCAGGCCUUUAUAUCCCCUACUGGACUAGGCUUGUCUGGGGGGAACCAGGCCUUUAUAUACCCUACUGGACUAGGCUUGUGUCUGGGGGGAACCAGGCCUUUAUAUUCCCUACUGGACUAGGCUUGUCUGGGGGGAACCAGGCCUUUAUAUCCCCUACUGGACUAGGCUUGUGUCUGGGGGGAACCAGGCCUUUAUAUUCCCUACUGGACUAGGCUUGUGUCUGGGGGAAGCCAGGCCUUUAAUUCAGACAUCAUUCAAGCUAUUAUUUUUCACUUUUAUCAGUUCUUUGUUGUUCAAAGUGAUUUAUAUAAAUAAAGUUAUAUAAAACAUGAUUCCUUUUUGUUUUUGGUAUUUUUAUAGUUGACAUUAGAAAGCAGUUUCUCAGGGACAGAAGCACGUGGGUAAGGGGGAGGGGCCGGGGAUGUCUGGUGUUUACGUGUUUGCUCUCUAUUUACCAACAACAGCCCUUGGAGCUGACCUCCCCCAUCACCCUCCCCUCAUGUUCCCUCCCCCACCACGCGGUUUCAGUGUGCUGCCAUAACAACCGCUAGGUUCUAGAGGAUGACGUGGUGGUCCAACCAGCUGUAUCCGCCCGUAUCCAGGGGCAGGUUGCUAUGGUAAUAAAAAAAGGGAGCGCGUGCUGUGUUUUGCUGAGCGCCCGUUACCAUCUCACCAGUGAUUUCCAAGGUGAAAAAAAGCCUGUAAGACAACACACACUCAGGGUGUAGGGGAGGAGUCUGGUCCGUCUCACCGAGCCUGACGGGCCUAAUCCCUGUGGGUGUGUGAGAUGGUGUUUUUAACCCCUCCCUGACUCCCCUCUCCAUUCCUCAGGCUCUUAUCACUCUAUUGCCGGGUAAAAACACACAACAUUAUCUGUCCGGACACGUGGUCUUUGUUCCCAGCAGGACAUCUUUUUCUGUUCCCCCAGUAGAGGCUGAGUUGUCUGGGUACAGGCCAGCUGGUGGAGAGGGGUGCUGGUGGAGAGGGGUGCUGGUGGAGAGGGGUGCUGGUGGAGAGGGGUGCUGGUGGAGAGGGGUGCUGGUGGAGAGGCCAGCUGGUGGAGAGGCCAGCUGGUGGAGAGGCCAGCUGGGGAGAGGGGUGCUGGUGGAGACAGCUGUUUCUGCUCCCCCAGUAGAGGCUGAGCUGUCUGGGUACAGGCCAGCUGGGGGCAGGGGAGCUGGUGGAGGGACCUGGAUGUGAUCUGUUACGACCUCAUAGGGCAUUAGGGAGGAUUGUCUUGACUCCCUGGUUGGUUCUUUUGUUUGUUUUGAUACAUUGAAUGGGAAUAGUGUGAAACUUUAAACCAUUUCUUUUUUUCUUUUUUUUUCUCCUGUUUCAGGAAGUGAUGUCACUGAGUACUGCCUAUAUAUAUGUAUAAAUAUAUGUGUUUAUGUAUAUGUGUAUAAAUAUAUGUAUAUGUGUAUGUGUAUAUAUGUGUAUAUGUGUAUAAAUAUGUGUGUAUAUGUAUAUAUGUGUAUAUGUAUAUAUGUAUAUGUAUAUAUGUGUAUAUGUAUAUGUAUAUAUGUGUAUAUGUGUAUGUGUAUAAAUAUAUGUAUAUGUGUAUAAAUAUAUGUGUAUAUGUAUAUGUGUGUAUGUGUAUAUGUAUAUGUGUAUAUACAUAUAUCCCCACCUGGGAUAUUGAUGACUGAUGAAGACGUAAGGGUCAAAACAUUGUUAAUAAAUAUCACCCGGGAGCACGAA